AUGUCUACCGGAGACCCUGGGUCCCCACUGCCGGCACCGCCACCACCGGUAUCCGCCACCAGCGUCCAGCCCCCCCGCGACCGGAUCCCGAUAAGCUCGAAGAAGACGCAAGUCACGGGCCCCGCCACCGCCGCACCCAACUAUGCUGCCGCUGCGAGUCAGAUGGCGACUCAAACACCUGAACAACAGCAACAACAACAACAGCGUGCCAAGGCUCUGGGCAGCCUCCUACAAGCCAUGGGUGCUGUACCCGGAAACCGCAUGGAUCGCUGGGUCCAGGCCAUCUACUUCGCCGAACUCUACCCCGUCGCCACCGCCACAUCGCUGAAAUUUUCGGCCUUGAACGCGAACCGGUCCGUCGAGAACAUCUUCGAUUACGCCCUUGAAGUACGCCCUUGAAGUGACUCUGUCUCACCAGAGCGCCUCGCGAGCGACUCAUGCCGACAAGAUCGAUCUCGUGGCCUGCGUCACGAGGCUGCUAUCGCCCAUCUCUCCUAUCUGCUUUGAGCCUGGAGUUCCUCUGCCGGACCAUCUUGCGGCUUAUCAACCACAGAUCUUAGGCGUACAACAUUCAUCAAUCCUGCGUAAUGGGGCGGCUCACCAUCGCGUUACGGUUGGGUUCGUCACCGGCGAGGCACGUGACGCGGCGCUCACGACGCCCCCCGCUCUCACUUGGCGAUCGGCGAAGGCCCGCUUCGCGAAGUCUCACAGGUUCCACCAUAACAUGGUCGAGCUUCGAAUCAACGUCGGUGUUCAAGGAGUGCCCUCCAUGGAUGCCAUCAUCAAAUCGUUCCAAUCACUUGUGCAAGACCUGUCAGCCAAGGGACAUUCAUGCCAACUUGUGCAGGUUCUGCGCGUUAUCAGCGUGGACAACGCCUCGGCCUUCGCCCACGUUGCCGGAGACUACUCGGCUUUCCUACACUUCGAUGACGACUCCCUAUUCCAACGCCCCAACACGACCUUGAAGGAGAUUCUACCUUCGAGGAUCGACCUUCCCACUCGAGGCAUCCCGGUUACCGCCCUUCGCCAUGACUAUGAGAAGGAGGCGGCUUGCGGUAGGUGCCACUUUGUGGGUCACGUGGGAACCUGCGGACUGGAUCAGGAGAGGAAGCGGAAGGAGGCUCACAACGGCAUCAUCAACAGCAACAAAAACACCAUCACCCACAACACCAACAUCGCGGAGGCCGAGGCCCCCAUUCCUGUGCUGGUUGUUAACAGGAUCGCAUCACAGAAUCACUUCGCCGGGCUCGAGGUCGAGGAGGGACAGGAGGAAGAGGUAACUGGCCAGGGCGAACAGGGACCGGAGGAAUCGGGGGAGGAAGACGCUGGUGAUAAGGCGGAUGACGAGGACUCGGAGGACUCGGAGAUGGAAUCGGAGGCGGCCGCGAAAACGGAGGUCAUCAAAAUUGAAAGCGAGGACGAGUCGGUCUUGGAGGACUGCAGCGGAUCCGAUGGAGAGGUGAUUGAUGAGAAUGAGGUGAUGGCGGAUGAAAGAGGUGAAACGGAAGGAGAGGUGGCUACGGAGAUGGAGGAAGAGGAGGUGGCGACGGAGGUGGGCGAUGUGGACGAAGCGAGGGGAUCGACGAAAGCGGAGAAUGCGGAAGCGACGGACUUAGGGGAAACGAACAGGCUGGACAAUGACGACGACAGCGACGCCACAGCAACCGCCGCCACCGCUUCCCGCGAAUCGACGCCGCAUGAACCAACCCCACCUCUGUCACCCGAAACUCUCGCCAAGUCGCUACGCGAGGGGGAGGAGUGGGACAGGAUCAGAGCUAACUGGGUUGAGCAGGCACGACUUGAGCGGGACCAAAGCAUCGAGAGGAGGCUCAACGCUGAAACCCCUCUGGUGCGUCACAACUUUGCCACGUGGGACGAGGACGGUGAGAUACGCUCCAUCAACAUCAGGGGGACCGCUGCGAAGUUCAAGAAGCAGGUGAUGAAGAGGUCGCAGACUGCGGCGGACCUCAGUGACCCAAGUGACGAACCGACCGACGCCAAGCGAGUCAUCGUCAAAGGGAAGAGCCGCGUCGUGGUGAAGGAUGGAAUAGAGGGGCGGAGGGUGACGAGGUCGAUGUCGGCGGCAGCGGCGAUGCAGGUCGAGGUGACGAAGGUGGACAGAGGGAAAGGAAGAGGGGUAGCUGAGGAAAAACGAUGGUCCGACCACGAGCCCGAGGACGAUGUCCUGCCCGCCCUUCCCCUCUUUGAGGACGUCACCACCGCCAAGAGCGCCUCGACCUCGACUACCCAUUAAUGAUCAAGCACACCAUCAUCACCUGGAACGUAAGAAGGGGCAUGGGGGUCCCGGAAAAACGACGUAAUAUCUACACCUACCUUUCCACAUUCAAAGCUUCCGCGAUUCUCUUACAAGAGCAUUUCAUCAGACCACAAUUCUGGCAGCUCAUCAAGGACGAGUACGAGGGCAAGCUCUUCAUCAACCAGCACUGCCUGACCCUGAUCCCGGCCGACUCGCCCCUGAUCGACGCCGAGCUCUUGCGCACCCACUCGGCACUCGACGGCCGGCUCCUCGUCACCUCCUUUCGUCUGCGGGGCGACAUCAAAAUUCUAGAAAUCAAUAACCUCUACGCGCCCGUUGACCCAAAACAACGAGCAAAAUUCUUCGACAAACUGAUCCUCCACAAAACACAGAAAUCCCACCUCCGACUCCUUGGCGGCGAUCUCAACGACUGCCCGCGCCCAGAAGUCGAUCGGCGGAACCAAAGUCGGCGCGGCCACCACUGGCCGAUUCUGAUGGGCAAGCUCGACUCGGCCUACACGGACUGCAUCCGCUACAAGCACCCCAUCACCCCAUCUUUCACUCGACCUAAUCCCAAUCGCAAGCGACCCAACUCCUUCUCCCGGCUUGACUACUUUCUCCUACAAAGAGCUCACCAAAAAAGGCUCGACCAGGCCUCGACGAUCUACGACUAUCCCAAGGAUCUUUCCGAUCACCGACCGGUCUUGAUCGUACUGGCUCUCUCAGACGAUCUUGAUGCGGCUCUCCCACAGCUCAGCCUACCUACCACAUCCAACCAACUACAUCGAAUCAAUACCACAACCUUCAAGACGGUGGAAUUUCAGCGGAUGAUGGAAGGAUGGUUGGAAGGGGCAAGCGGGGAGGAUCCGGUGCGAGAGCUUGAGGAGGUUCUGGAGGCGUGCAGGGACAGGGGUGGGGAGAUGGCGAGGAGGCUGCAUCGGGAGCGGACGGAACGGAUGGAGUAUUUGGUGGGGAGGGUGCAGGAUCUGGAGGCGUUACCGGUAUGGGGGGAGGCGGAAACGGCAGAAUGGACAAGGACGUCCGAGGAACUCAAGCGGGCGGUCGAGGAGCGCGCGCGCCUACUCCGGAUCCGAGCCCACGUCCCCGAGAUCGCUUCCGAGGAACGACUGUCGCGGCCGGUCCACGCCAAGCUCGCGGCGCGGAACUCGGACUCCAAGAUCACAGCACUGCGCUUGGGCAACGGAGAGCUAACGCAUGACAUUGAUGUCGCUCUUGACCACACGCAGGCGCAUUUCCAGCGCCUCUACCACAUCGAGCCUCGUGAUCCGGAACGCGUCGACCGACUUCGGGACGAACUCCUCGUGCCGAUCAGGGCGGCACGGACUUGCGACGACCCGCGCUCAGAUCCGCUCUUUCUGCGCCGACUCUCGGAAGCGCAGAUUGAUCUCCUCCAGCAACCCAUCACCGAGGACGAGGUCGUGGCCGCGAUCGGGACGACGCACCCGGGGCGAUCGCCGGGCCCGUCGGGCGUGCCUUACGAACUCUAUCAGACCGCACCGGAGGCGUGGUCCAAGGUGCUGACCAAGGCCUACAACGCGAUGAUCGAGCGCGGUUCACUCUCUCCCAAGCAGGGCCAGGGACUCGUGCGCCUCAUCUUCAAGCGCCACAAGAAGAAUGCCGAUCGCGCCGAACUCUCGUCGUAUCGCCCCAUCACCCUGCGCGAGUGCGAUUACAAGAUUUUUACCAAGGUCUACGUCGCCCGAUUGAACCAAAUUCUGCCCGAUCUCCUCCCGCCGCAGCAGCACGGCUUCGUCGAGGACCGCCGAUCGGCCGACGCUGCACUACACCUUCGUCUCCUGAUCGAGGAACUUGGCGCGCGCAGGACCGAGUUCCCCGCGGCCGCGCUCUUGUCUCUUGACCAAUCAUCCGCCUACGACCUCGUCGAGCAUGACUGGAUCUUUGCCAUUUUCGACGCUCUGGGCGCUCCUACCACCUUUCUUCGCGUGCUGAGGAUGCUCUACUCGGGUGACUCGACCUCGGCGCGCUACAUCAUCAAUGGGUUCCUGACGGCGCCGGUGCGACUGACGUGUGGGCUCGGCCAAGGGGACCCGGCGUCAUCGUCGGUCUGGGACAUCGUGUUUCAGCCGUUCCUGGAUGCUCUACACCGUCGAAACAUCGCGCUGAAUCUCUCCAUACCUGCACUUCAUCCGUACCCACAGAGCCGCGCCAUUACAUCACUUGCAUUUGCCGAUGACGUUGUCGUCGCCGUCGCGGGCUUGGAGUCACUCAACUUGCUCGAUGACCUGGCGCUCAACUGGAGGCAUGCAACGAAUGGCCGGCUCAACACGGACAAGACGGUCGUCCUACCGAUUGGACGUCGCUGGGACCCUGGGGAACGGCCAAUCGUCGUCAAGGCCGCAGGCGAGUCGCUCGAGUGGAUCGGCCUCCCCUUCGACCCCAGCGGCGACACCGAACUCGCCUACGCGAAUCUCAUCGAACGGCUCGAGGCGACGCUGGAAGCGGUUCAGCAUCGCUGGCUCACGCACCACACCCGUGCCUUUUACGUCAAUCGGUACGCCAUUCCCAAGAUCCUGCAUUUCCUUGCAGCCGACAUCCCGCCGCCCGAAGUCGUCAAGAAGCUCGAUGACAUGCUCGUCGAUUUCGUCCGUGGGGGCAAGGGCAGGACCAGCUACGGCAGAGACAUUGUGUUCACCGCCAAGAACAAGGGGGGACUCGGGGUGAUAAGGAUGCGGGACGUUGUGGACGCGGUUGCGGCACGGCUCUGGGACGUUCUUCUCGGCGGUUCCGGCGCGAUUUGGCAAGGACUUGCGCGCGCAUCACUCCAGCGAGCUCAGCCCGACCUCGACCUGGCCACCGAUCUCUGGCCACAUCCAUCCACUCCCAUCCCCAACGACCUUCAUCCCCGAUGGCACGCCGCACUGGGCGUUCCGAAACUUCACGACGCGCAGGUCAACCCGAGGGCCUUGACCACCGCGAACUUGCUCGCGCUGCCCACCCUGCUCGGCAGCCUCCACACCCCCAUCAGAGGGAGACAGACCAUCGACGCGGUUCAUGUACCUGACUACCUUCGUCUCCAGGGCUACCCGAAGGUGGCGGAUCUCUAUCGACGCGAGUUGUAUGCGGGUGGGGGGUUUCACCUCUGGACGCCGCCGGCGGAUGUGCUCGGCAACAACAGCGAGUACGAUCGACGCGGGCUCCCGCAGCGACUGGCAAUCGCGGCCUGGUACCGGUUCACUGUCGAUCGACACAAGAACACCCCCUUGGCGGCGGCGGUGGCGGCGGGACGACUCAACGUGCCUCCCCGGAUCGGCACCAGCGCACCACUCGAGGCGAUCAUCCCCAAGCCCGUGGCCCGCUUCGCAAUGGAGCAGCGCCUUCCAGACCCGGUGCUUCCACAACAGGCGAGCCAGUAUACGCUGCUGAACAUGGCUCGCCCCUACACAGUCCGUCGCAUCCGCCGGGUCCUGAACGCGAAGGCUUUCACCAACACGCUCGGGCUCAAGGGACCACCGCAGCCAGACGAUCUCAGGAGCUUCUGGAAGGCGGUCAACUCGAAGGCACUGACAGCGAGGGAGAGGGAAGUUUGGUUCAAGCUGAUUCUCCGCUUCACCCCGACGCGCAAGCUCCAGCACGAGCAAAAGCAUGACACUUCUCCCGCGUGCCUCGUCUGCGAAGCGCCGGUGGACGACACCGAUCACUACUUCUUCGGCUGCUUCGACUCGCGAAACGUCUGGAUCGCGGCGAGGGGCGUGCUCUGCGACGCGCUCGGAUGCGACACAAUCGAGGACGCCGAGUACACGACGCUUCAACGACUCUUUGGCCUCCCCAAGCUCAAGGCCAAGCUCAGCGCACAGGAAGGCGCGGGCAGGACGAUCGAGAUCUUCACGGGGAUGGUUUUGGAGAUGAUCAGCAGUGGGAGAUGGAGGAUGCAGAAGCACGGGACGAGGAUGGAAAGCGUGGAGAGGAGGAGGGUGGUACUGGAGGAGAGGAUGAAGUUGAGGGCGGGAGGAGCAAGAGGCAGGCGAGUGCAGUAG